CGUUGGUCGCUGGCGCUAUGAGCAGUGUUUUGAAUAGAAAGCUACCUCAGCUGAUUUAAAAACAGGAUGGAAGAGGAGGCAGACACCGGUGUUUCUUCGCGGGCCGAGAGGAAAGCGUCGGAAAGAGCCAAAAUACUCCAACGAGAGCGCGAGAGGCAGAUCUUCACACUGGUUGGCCGGGUCCUGAAGAAACCGGAGGCUGAGCGGUCGGAGGAGGAGGCCUCAGUGUUACAGCUGCACAGAGAGACUGUGGAGGAGCUCUGCAAGAGACAGGUCCGCAGGAAUGUGCUCAAGAGGAAGCAGGAGGAGGUGUUUGAUGAUGCUGAUGAGCUGAAGAGUAAAGUCAGGCAGCUGGCCGUGGCAGUCAAACAAGCAAAACACCUGGUGGUUUACACCGGAGCCGGUAUCAGUACGGCAGCUUCCAUCCCAGACUACAGGGGCCCCAAUGGGGUGUGGACACAGCUACAGAAGGGACGGACAGUCAGUUCAUCUGACCUGAGUAAAGCUGAGCCGACCCUCACACACAUGUGCAUAAGGAUGCUACACAAGGAACAGCUGGUACAGCAUGUUGUUUCUCAGAACUGUGAUGGACUUCACUUGCGUAGCGGUCUACCCAGACAUGCCCUGUCUGAGCUCCAUGGAAACAUGUUCAUUGAGGUGUGUACGUCCUGUUCCCCGGUCAGGGAGUACGUGCGUUUAUUUGACGUGACAGAGCGGACAUCGCUGCACCGACACGGGACAGGCCGCAGAUGCAGCCACUGUGGUGGAGAACUCAGGGACACCAUAGUGCACUUCGGGGAACGUGGGACCCUGGAGCAACCUCUCAACUGGAAGGGAGCUGCUGAGGCUGCAGAGAGGGCGGAUGUUAUCCUCUGCUUAGGCUCCAGCCUGAAGGUAUGGUUUAAUAAAAAACAGUUUGGUUAUCUGAAAAAUAAUAGCAUGUGA